GUGGACCGCGCGAAGACCACGUCUCUUCUGCCGUUCCUGUGAGCCCACCGAAUUACCGGAACACCGUCGUACUUCCCCAUUAAUCUCCACGCCACUCUCUCUUGCUCACAACACUUGUCUGAACUCUGUUCUGUUCUGUUUCGUCUCUCUCUCUCCUUGCGUUCUCCGUAUCUUUCUGUGUAUGGUGGAGUUCGGCUAUCACGAUUCCCAUACCCCAUUUGAUUCUCUCGCCUCAUCUCGCGACAGGAAAAGGGUAAAGGAGACGAGCCCUUCCCGCUUCGGUUGAGCUCGGUCGUAGAGGUUGGUUGAGGGGGAAGGGGAGGGGAGGGGAGGAGAGGAACAGCCAUGGCCUUGCACCUGAGCAGCGCUGCGCCGGCGUGGUUGGCCGUCGCCAACCGCGGGAGGAGGAACCGCAAGGUGAAAGCCGUCGCGUCAGAGGGUUUCGCCACCUUGAAAGCGGAGGAGGAGGAGGAGGAGAAGGUGAAGCUGGGCGGUUCCGAUUUGAAGGUGACGAAGCUCGGGAUCGGAGCCUGGUCCUGGGGGGACACCAGCUACUGGAACAACUUCCAAUGGGACGAUAGAAAGAUGAAGGCCGCAAAGGGCGCUUUUGACAGCAGCAUUGAUAGUGGCAUAACCCUGUUUGAUACUGCUGAGGUUUAUGGGUCGAGGAUGUCAUUUGGUGCUAUAAACUCAGAAACUCUACUGGGCAGAUUCAUCAAGGAAAGGAAAGAAAAGGAUCCAGAAACUGAGGUUGCCGUUGCGACGAAGUUUGCAGCUUUGCCGUGGAGACUGGGCCGUCAGAGUGUCAUUACUGCCCUCAAAGAUUCUCUUUGUCGCCUAGGACUUGAUUCGGUGGACCUAUACCAAUUGCACUGGCCUGGAGUGUGGGGAAACGAAGGGUACAUUGAUGGUCUUGGAGAUGCAGUUGAGCAAGGUCUUGUGAAAGCAGUGGGAGUUUCAAACUACAGCGAAAGAAGACUUCGCGAUGCCUAUCAGAAGCUUAAGCAGAGAGGUAUACCGCUAGCUUCAAACCAAGUAAAUUACAGCCUCAUAUACAGAUUCCCUGAGGAGAAUGGCGUGAAGGCCACCUGCGACGAACUUGGUGUCACUCUGAUUGCUUAUUCACCGAUGGCUCAAGGUGCUCUUACUGGAAAAUAUACCCCAGAAAAUCCACCAAGUGGCCCCCGUGGUCAGAUCUACACCCCUGAUUUUCUCACUAGGCUACAACCUUUGCUGAACAGAAUAAAUGAAAUAGGAGACAGCUACAAGAAAACUCCAACGCAGGUUGUCCUGAAUUGGCUCAUAGCACAGGGUAACGUAGUCCCCAUUCCCGGAGCCAAAAAUGCUGAGCAGGCAAGUGAAUUCGGGGGUGCGCUUGGGUGGAGACUCACCGGCGAAGAGGUGGAUGAGCUGCGGUCACUGGCCUCGGACAUAAGACCUGUUGUAGGCUUCCCGGUUGAGAACUUGUGAAGCUGGGGUCAUCUACCGAGACAUAUAUAGCUAAACAGACUUCUCGUUACCAAUCAAUAUCAACAUGCUGGUAUAGUCCAUCUUAGUGCAACUUCCCAGCAAUCAGAGUGGCCUUAUAAUCCUGAGGAAGUUAAAAGGCGGUCUCUUUCAUCCCAUCUCCUGACAUAGGAAGUCAUUGAAAAUUCUCUGUUCAUGAACAUUCCGAUGUAAAAUCCCUUGAAAGGGCAUCAAUAUGGCAUUGCCAUGUUACUGAAAACCUACCAGUU